UGGGGACAGAGCAAGAUGGAGGACAGAGUCUGAGAGAAGUGACGCGUUAACGGGGAAGAAGAAGAGGACGAGUCCGGUUCUCCUGGACCCGGGACACCAGCUGGACCUCACCGACCAGGACCGCGACAAGGCCGGGAUGAAGGAGGAGAACCAGGACCCGGGUUUCAUCGACCCGGAUCCCGACCAGACCGGGAUGAAGGAGGAGCAGGACCCGGGUUUCAUCGACCCGGAUCCCGACAAGACCGGGAUGAAGGAGGAGGAGCAGGACCCGGGUUUCAUCGACCCGGAUCCCGACCAGACCGGGAUGAAGGAGGAGGAGCAGGACCCGGACUUCAUAGACCCAGACCACUACGAGAUUGUGAUGAAGGAGGAGAAUGAGGACCCGGAAUUCACCGACCAGACAUGGACGGAGGAGGAGAACCAGGAACCAGACCCCUACAACAUCGUGAUCAAGGAGGAGAACCAGUACCCGGAUUUAAUUGACCAGAUUGGGAUCAAGGAGGAGAACCAGGACCCGGGUUUCACCGAGCAGACCGGGCUGGAGGAGGAGAACCAGAACCCGGGUUUCACCGAGCAGACUGGGCUGGAGGAGGAGAACCAGGACCUGGGUUUCACCGAGCAGACCGGGCUGGAGGAGCAGAACCAGAACCCGGGUUUCACCGAGCAGACUGGGCUGGAGGAGGAGAACCAGGACCCGGGUUUCACCGAGCAGACCGGGCUGGAGGAGGAGAACCAGGAGCAGAGAACUGAGCCUGAUCCCGGUCUACAGAAACAGAGAGGCACAAAUGUCCGUCACAUCAAACAGAAGAAGUGCAGCUGUGGCGAGUGCGGGAAAACGUUCACAUCUUCAGGCAGUUUAACAAUCCACCUUCGCACAGUUCACAGUGGAGAGAGACGGUACAGCUGUGACCAGUGUGAGGACACGUUCACAAACUCCAGCUGUUUAAAAACGCACCGACACGUCCACACUGGAGAGAGACCGCACAGCUGCGACCAGUGUGGACGCUCGUUCACGACCGCCACUGGUUUAAAAACUCACCGCCGGCGGCACACCGGAGAGAAACCGUACAGCUGUGAGGAGUGUGGGAAAACGUUCAGGGCUUUAAGUACGGUGAGGAUCCAUCAGCUGAUUCAUAGCGGAGAGAAACUGCACAACUGUGAGGAGUGUGGAAAAUCUUUUCUGACGUCAAACAGACUUAAAACUCACAGACGCAUCCACACUGGAGACAAACCGUACAUGUGUGAACAGUGCGGAAAAAGCUUCACCAGGUCCAGUUAUCUAAAGAUCCACCAGCGUAUCCACACCGGGGAGCGGCCGUACAGCUGCGGCCAGUGUGGGGCAGCGUUCAGCACGUCACAUGGUCUCAAAACCCACGAGCGCAGCCACACUGGUGAGAGACCGUACAGCUGUGAGCAGUGUGGGGCAUGUUUCACCACGCCGACCGCUCUUAAAGGUCAUAAACGCAGGCACAGCGGGGAGAAGCUUUACAGCUGCACCCAGUGUGGGAAAGCAUUCACAGCGCUGGGUCAUUUGAUAAACCACCGCCGUCUUCACAGCGGAGAGAAACCGUACAACUGCGAUCUAUGUACGAAGUCUUUUGUGACUUCAACUCAGCUACAAACUCAUCGACGCAGCCACACCGGAGAGAAGCCAUACAGCUGCGACCAGUGCGGGAAAAGUUUCAGCAGGUCAGGUGAUCUGAAAAGCCACAAACGAAUUCACAGCGGAGACCGACCGUACAGCUGCGACCAGUGUGGGGCAGCAUUCAGCAGGUCCGACGUCCUGAAAACACACAAACGUGUUCACACGGGAGAGAGACCGUUCAGCUGCGAUGAGUGUGGGGCCAGUUUCACCAGAGCAGAUCAUCUGAAAAUCCACAGACGGGAUCACACCGGAGAGAAACCAUACGGCUGCAACCUUUGCAACAAAUCAUUCGCGUCUUCGAAACAACUACGUGUCCAUCAGAGGAGUCACAGCGCCGAGUCCAACCCAGAUUAAAAACCCUCCACCGUGUUCACGUGUUGGUUCUGGUUUCAACAUGGACUCAAUGGUUCAGAGACUCAUGGUCUUCAUCAUGUGGAGCAUGAUGGGUAAAGUCCUGGUAGCCAAUGAGGAGGCUCCGCCUAUUGCCGCCUCUGCUGACGGGUUAAUGAAUUACACAUAUGCAAGCAUGCAUUCGCUCAAAAUAGAAAAUAAUGUUUGACCUCAAAAAAAGAUGUUUCACAUGUUUUCAUGUUAAUCGGUCUCUCACGAGUUAUUCAAAUGUUCCGUUGUUUGACUAUGAAAACAAUGGAUGCUAGCAAGCAACGGCGUCCUGAGUGAAACAAACACAACAUCAAAGCUUCUGAGAAGCUGCGUGUGGAAGUAUUUUGGGUUCUACACUGUAGAUUACAACCUUUUUUCAUGAAUUGAAUAACUUUACAUUUCAAUCAUGUUUGAUGCGAACUUACUGAAAUUGAAAUAAACAUUGUGUGAUUCUGUUUUGACAGGAAACGUUACCACAGCACUGAGUCUUUUACUGUCUGAAUCCUCUGUUAUAAAUAAAGUCUUUUAAAGAAAAA